UUAAGAGUUCCUUCUUUUUUUUACUACUUUACGCACAAUAGCAACUUCCAUCAGAUCGAAGCAUUAACCACCUCCGAAAAGGAACUUAAGUCAUGGAAAGGCUGAACUCAAAGUUGUACCUGCAGAACUGUUACAUAAUCCAAGAGAAUGAAAGGCUAAGGAAGAAAGCUCAGCUUCUCAACCAGGAGAAUCAGGCCCUGUUAUCUGAGCUGAAGCAGAAGCUCACCAAAGCAAAUCCCAAACCUAACCCAAAUACCAUUCCUGACCUCAACCUUUGCUCCACCUCCACCUCUAAUCCUACUAAUUCUAGCAAACCAUGAUCCUCUGAUGAAUGUGAAGUCCUUUACUUACACCCCUUUUUUGUGUAAAACCCCAUAGAAGUCAAGAAAGUAGCAGGUCCAGUUUCAGUUUUAGUUUCAGUUUCAGGGCAGUAGCAUCUUUUUGUUCAGUCAGUGUACUUACCUACUCAUAUAUCCACCUUUCUUUCUACUUGGGUUAGAUCCUUAAAUUUAGGGGUUAAGAAAAUGAAGUACUGUGAACUACAAAGCUGUAUCUGAAAGAAAUGAAUUAUAAUCUUCUAUAGUUUUUAAUCU